AGAAGCAGGGUGAAACUCCGCCGUGAAGGAGAGAAAAAUGGCGCCAAAACGAAGUAAGAACAAGGCUCCGCCGUCCGAUCCCGAUGGAAUGUUCGCCGGAAUGGUAGUUUUCUUCGUGGAAACCGGCGUUCAGGCUCGCCGUUUACAGAUUUGGAAGCAGAGGCUGCAGCAGAUGGGAGGCUCUCUGGAGAACGACUUUUCUAAAAAAGUAACUCAUGUUUUUGCUGAGAGUUCAGAGGCUCUUCUUCAGAAAGUCAGCAGGGAGCGUUUGAUUCGCUUCAAAGGACAUGUUCUCCUUUAUCGUUGGUUGGAGGAUAGCUUGGCAUCUGGGCAAAAAGUUUCUGAGGAUUUAUAUGCUCUAAAAAAGGAGCCUGAAGGGGAAAAUGUAGCAGGGGAAAUUUUGAAACCUAAACCAGAUCAUAGAAAUAUUUCUAGUUAUGAUGAACAACCACAUUGCAAAAGAAUAAAAUCCUUGCCCGAGGAUGUUGAAGUCCAUGACAAAGAAAGAAGGGGAGACAUAGAUAAUGGUUCUCCAUACCAGGUAUCAACUAUUGAAGGAGUUCCAAGUAGCUUUCCCCACACUAUGAGCUCUAUAACUAGCAGUCCUGAAAUCCCCAGUACUCCAGAUAAGGAUGUUAACUUGUCAGAUUCAUCCUUGUCAUACCAUCCACCAGAUUUAAACAAGAACAUCACACAAAUAUUCAGCAAACUUAUUGACAUAUACAGAGCACUGGGUGAAGACCGGAGGUCAUUUAGCUACCACAAGGCAAUUACUGUUAUUGAGAAGUUGCCUUUUAAAAUUGAAAGUGCAGAUCAAGUAAAAACCCUGCCUGGAAUUGGAAAGUCAUUGCAGGAUCAUAUUCAGGAGAUUGUGACUACAGGAAAGUUAUCCAAGUUGGAGCACUUUGAAACAGAUGAGAAGGUAAGGACAAUUAGCUUAUUUGGAGACGUUUGGGGUAUUGGUCCAGCAACUGCCCUAAAAUUAUAUGAUAAGGGUCUUCGUACAUUGGAUGACUUGAAGAACGAGGAAUCCUUAACAAAUUCACAGAGGUUAGGAGUGAAAUACUUCAAUGAUAUUAAGCAAAGGAUUCCACGCCAUGAGGUUCAAGAAGUGGAAUCUCUUCUAAAGAAUGUUGGAGAAGAAAUUUUGCCUGGGGUGAUCAUUGUAUGUGGGGGAUCAUACAGACGGGGAAAAGCUUCGUGUGGAGAUAUGGAUAUCAUAAUUACACAUCCCGAUGGAAAAAGCCAUAAAGGUUUUUUGUCAAAAUACAUCAAGCGUUUGAAGGACAUGAAGUUCUUAAGAGAAGACUUGAUCUUCAGUACUCACAGCGAAGAGGAUACUGAUUCAGGUGUUGAUACAUAUUUUGGCUUUUGCACUCAUCCUGGGCGAGAGUUAAGACACCGCAUAGACUUGAAGGUAUAUCCCAGGGAGAUAUAUGCAUUUGGACUAAUAGCUUGGACCGGGAAUGAUGUACUAAAUAGGAGGUUGAGAUUGCUUGCAGACUCCAAAGGAUACCGACUGGAUGAUACAGGACUCUUUCCAGCAACUCAUGGUUCAGGCGGCAAACGGGGUACAAGAGCUAUAACAAGUUUGAAACUUUACACUGAAAAGGAGGUGUUUGAUUUUCUGGGAUUCCCUUGGCUUGAGCCUCAUGAAAGGAAUCUAUAAGUAAAUAUUCAGCUUGAGCCUGCUGUACAGCUAAAACUAGCAAAGGGCAUUUUGUAUGAAGGGAAAGAAGCCUAUCUUAAUCUUCUGCUGGAUAAAACUAUGCCUUUUGACAUAACUCUAACCCUCUAACUGGGCCAUGCUUAUAGUUAUAACCAUACAAAUAAGUGUUAAUAUCACAC